AUGGACUCAAGAACAUUACCAGGUCCCCAAUUCUAUACAAAACAAAAAGAUGGUACUGUCGACCAGUCAUUGUCAACAAUUGAAAUAGAAAAAUUUGGCGAGAAAAUACUCAUCUGGCAGGCUAUUUGCUCUUGUGGCCUUAAGACCACUCCUUUUUUCACAAAGGGUACUAUAUCGGCCGACAUUUAUAAGAAGGAGUGUCUAAACCGUCGCCUAAUACCAUUUUAUAAGAAACACAUCGUGUCAACAAUAUUUUGGCCUGAUUUAGCCACAGUGCACUAUGCUCAUUCUACUUUGGCUUUGUUGAAGGAUAACAAUGUCAAUUUUGUUAAAAAAGAGGAGAACCCUCCAAACGCUCCAGAAUUUCGCCCGAUAGAGAAGUAUUGGGCAAUUGUCAAACGGAAUUUGAAAAAGGAUCAUCGAGUUGCCGAAAACGUCAACGAAUUUAAAAAAAAACUGGCUUAA